CAGAAUAGCCAGAACAAGAAGUGUGCACAACAUAGUACCAUGGCGGCUACGGGCUUGGUGGACUGGAGGGGAAAGCCGAUCGACAAGAAGGUUCAUGGUGGUGUUCGAGCUGCAUGGUUUCUUUACUUUCUGGUGGUGGUAAAUUUCUUGGUGCACGUGCCAAAUCUGCAGAAUAUGGUUACCUAUUUGCGCGGAGGAAUGCAUAUUGGAGUGUCUGAUUCUUCAACCACAAUAACCAACUUUAUUGGUGCCAUGUGUGGAUUUGCUCUCUUGGGAGGUUUCAUCUCGGACUCCUACAUCACUUGCUCAAGAACUAUGCUACUCUCUGUGCCACCAGUGAUUUUGGGCUAUGGGUUGCUCGCUCUGCAAGCCUACCUUCCUUCACUCCACCCGCCACAGUGCAAUGCUGAAGCAGACCCAAGCAGCUGCAAGGAGGUUGAUGGCUGGAGGUCAGCUCUGCUGUACAUAGGCCUGUAUAUCAUUGCACUUGGGGAGGGCGUCAUGCGCGCCUGUAUACCUGCCCUUGGUGCAGAUCAGUUCGAUGGCGAUGACCUGUCCGAGGCCCGCCAGCAAUCAAGCUUCUUCAACUGGUUCACCUUCUGCCUGUCCAUCGGAUCCAUUGCUGGCCUGAUUCUCAUUGUGUGGCUUGAGAACACCAAAGGAUGGGAUGUUGGAUUCGGCCUGAGUGCCCUCCUAAUCCUGCUAGGGUUCCUGGUUUCUGCUGCUGGGCUCCCUUUCUACCGCAAUCGUGUACCUCAAGGCAGCGCCCUAACCCGAGUUCUCCAGGUUUUUGUUGUGGCAUUCAAAAACAGAAAGCUUGAGCUUCCUGAAAACAUGGAGGAAGCACAGGAAAAUAGCUAUGGGGUGGAUUCUCAAGGAGUGCCCCGUCCUACUAAUAGUCUAAAAUGUCUGGACAGAGCCUGUAUAAACACCGGGAGAGAUGGGCCCUGGUCAGUCUGCAGCUCAGCGAAAGUAGAGGAGACUAAGAUAGUGCUCCGCAUGCUUCCUCUCGUUUUCAGCUCAACUGUGUCCCAUGUAUCAAGCCCUUUGCUAGUUGCUUUCACUGUGCAGCAGGGCAUGACAACCAACACGCGGCUGGGGCGGGUGCACAUCUACCCAGCAAUGCUCUUCAUCAUACCCUCCAUAUUCCAGAUGCUGAUGCUCGCGGUCUACGAUUGGUUCCUCGUGCCAUUUCUGCGGAGACGCACAGGCUAUAUGGGAGGCAUCAGUCACCUGCAGCGUGUCGGCGUGGGCUUUUUAGCCACAGCUGUGGCCCCAGCCAUCGCAGCGGUCGUUGAGAGACAGAGGAAAGAGACUGUGGCUUCCGGUGGCCAGAUGUCCCUUUUUUGGCUGGCGCCACAGUUCUUCCUGAUUGGCGUCGCAGACACAACAUCCUUUGUUGGGUUGCUAGAGUUCUUCAAUAGUGAGGCUCCCAAUGGUAUGAAGUCCAUUGGUGUAGCACUCUUCUGGUGCCAAAUUGGUCUGUCCUCACUGCUGGGCACACUGCUGGUGAAGCUGGUGAACAAGGUCACCCAAAGCAGCAGUGCCCACGGGUGGCUGGAGGGGCCAAACCUGAACAGCAGCCACCUUGACCUGUUCUAUUGGGUUGUCACAGCUGUUGCAUUUCUUGGCUGGUUUAAUUACCUAUAUUGGGCCAUGAGGUACAAGUACCGACAGGAUCCACGAAUUGCCACGAAGUCGGCCCAUGAGGAUUCCGUGCCUUGAAAUGUUGCCGGUACACCUACCUGCGCUAACCGUGCUGUGAGCCUAAGAGCCAUUGCACUUCUCCAAAUAAUCAGUAUGUGUCGUACAAAGUUCAUUGUGUGUCAUGAUUUGCAAGGCAAUAUAUUAGGACGGUUGGUUCGCUGUGUACCGUACAUGUUUGGUCAUGUCUGGCUCAAGCAUAAUUAAUGUUUGUAAAUC